AUGCAUAACGAGAAUAUCAAAGACUUUGAUGAUGUCUCGCGUCACUUGGAAUUGGAGGCUGAGCGCCUAGAGGCUGCUAAGCCCAAUCAUAUGGCCUAUGUGGCUGAUUCUGGUUUGUGUAAGGCAUUAAGGCCUAAGUGCAAGAAGUUCAAGAAUGGGGUAGCUGCUAGACAAAUUAAAAAGGUGUCAGGAACUUCUCAGUGCAACAAGAGGGGCAAGCGUGGGAAGAACAAGUCAAAAUUAGAGUGCUUCAACUAUGGAAAGAAUGACCACUUCGCCCGUGACUGCAUUGAGCCGAAGAAGGAGCGACCGAACACAUAGCGCGAGAGAGAGUCGAAUUUGUGGAGUAUUGCCGGA